GAGCCGCACAACAAGCCAGGACCUCGGUAGCAACAGAGUCCAGAGCGCCGCUGUCUCCCAACCGUGAGGUCGUCCUUUUAACUCAACCAAGUACAGCUACUGAACCACCGACAGAAACAGCAGCUAUGAAGGAGCACACGCGUUUUUUCCUCUGGCUGCAACUUUUCACAGCUUGUCUGGUGUUUGCGGUGAACGGUGAUUACUGUGAGGUGAAUGUGUGCAGUAAUGGUGGAACCUGUGUGACUGGAGCAGGAGCUCCGUUCAUCUGCAUCUGCCCUGAUGGCUUCUCUGGAGAAACCUGCAAUGAGACUGAGACUGGACCCUGCAACCCCAACCCAUGCAAGAAUGAUGCCAUCUGUGAGGUGACGGGCCACUCCCGCCGAGGCGACGUCUUCAGCGAGUACUUAUGCAAGUGCCAGCCGGGCUUUGACGGCGUCCACUGCCAGAACAGUGUCCAAGGGGCAGAUUUAAGUUCAAAAAAAGAUGUAAAUGACUGUGCCGGCCAGCCAUGUGAGAAUGGUGGCACCUGCAGGGACCUGGACGGAGAUUUCAAAUGCCACUGCCCUUCCCCUUAUGUGGGCAAACACUGCCAACUGCGCUGUAUUUCUCUGCUUGGUUUGGAAGGAGGGGGCAUCGCUGAGUCCCAGAUCUCGGCCUCAUCAGUCCGCUACAGCCUGCUGGGCCUGCAGCGUUGGGGACCUGAGCUCUCCCGCCUUAACAACAAGGGACUGGUGAAUGCCUGGAGUGCUGCUGCACAUGACAGGAACCCAUGGAUACAGAUCAACAUGCAGAGGAAAAUGCGUUUCACAGGUAUUGUGACUCAAGGCGCCAGUCGCAUGGGAACAGCUGAGUUCAUUAAGGCCUUCAAAGUGGCCUCCAGUCUGGACGGCAAGACGUACACCAUGUACAGAACAGACGGACAGAGAAAGGACCAAGUGUUUGUGGGAAACGUGGACAAUGAUGGCACUAAGACCAACUUGUUUGACCCUCCAAUCAUUGCCCAGUACAUCCGCAUUGUCCCUGUGGUGUGUCGCAAGGCCUGCACCCUGCGCAUGGAGCUGGUGGGCUGCGAGCUCAAUGUGUAUUCAAACACUUCAGGUUGUUCAGAGCCGAUGGGCAUGAAGUCCCGACUGGUGUCUGACCGCCAGAUCACGGCCUCCAGCACCUUCCGGACCUGGGGCAUCGAGGCCUUCACCUGGCACCCUCACUACGCCCGGCUGGACAAACAGGGCAAGACCAACGCCUGGACUGCCGCCAGCAACAACAGAUCUGAGUGGCUGCAGGUGGACCUCCAGUCUCCCAAGAAGAUCACAGGAAUCAUCACACAGGGGGCCAAAGACUUUGGCUCUAUCCAGUUCGUCAUGGCCUUUAAAGUGGCUCACAGCGAUGAUGGACAGACCUGGACCAUCGUGAAGGAUGAGACCACAAAGACCGACAAGAUCUUCCCAGGCAACAGUGACAACAACGUUCACAAAAAGAACAUCUUUGAGCCGCCGUUCUAUGGCCGAUACGUCCGCAUCCUGCCGUGGGAGUGGCACGAGCGCAUCACCCUGCGAAUGGAGCUCCUGGGCUGUGACGAGUAGCACCGCCCGGUACCUGCCUCCCUCUCUUCCUCCUCUCUACCUCCUCCCCCCUUCCUGCUUCCUCUUCCCUUCCUUCCCUUCCUUCCCGUCUCCCUCCUGAGCCACACCUGCACUGCCUUGCUCUCAGCCCUAGAGGGCAGCAAACACCAGAGUAGCACCUCACCACCCCAACCCUGGCUGGUUGGAGGUGGGAGACGUUACCCCUAAUCACUGUCACUAGAUUGAGUUAAGCUCACGUGUCCCCUCUUGUUUUCAUUUCCUGAAUUGAUCACUCAUCUUUUCCACCUGAACCAAAUCUGUGAUCACUUCAAGAAGUGGCAGUAUAUCAUCUUUGUUACUAAGCGGAGCUGGGGUCAGAUUUUUAUCCCACCUACCAGCUAAAUCAAAGGUGGUGAAUCCCUCAUCCCUGUGGCAGAGGUCAGGGGUAACAAUACUGCUGCUGUAUCAGUUGGUGCUGCCUGGACUCUGAUCCCAGAUCACUUCUACCUGGAACGUUGAACCUCCAAGACCCACGCCUGGUGAUGUACAUAAGCUCCAUUUAACAGCUUGCACAUGCCCUAUAACCACACACUCGAUCCCCCCAGGACACACAGAAUAUAUCAUCUUUAGAGGAUACAUUUUGGUUGAUUAUUUUUCUUGUUGAGGCAGUUGUUGUGUUUGUUAAGAAAAAAAUAACAAACUGAAAAUCUGAAGAUCCCCCUGUGUGUGGUACAGUAGUCCCAGUAUUUCCCUGCAGUUCGUGUUUUCUGCUUGAACUGCUUAAGAGGGCAACAUUGAAGGUUAACAGUAUUCACUUUGGUAACACAUAUAACAUAUAACAUAAGUGCAAACAUCCCAUUAUCUACAAAUGCUUAUUUUUACUGAACCUGUUUGUGAAAUCAACGUCCAGCUUUCACAAAGUUACAUGUAACUCAUGUGGCUGCAUUUGGCCAAAUGAGGGUGAAGUUUUGUGCCAACACACCCUCAGAUUUUUGUUCCUGUGGGUUUAUGUAGAAAAAGAUAGUGUGGUGCACUGAUGCAGAUCCACAACAAAAGAGGAAUCAAAUACAAUAAAUCUCUCUCACUGUGGGACAUAAUCGGUCAAUGAACCAUCAGUCAGUCAGUUUAGCAGCCAAACAGAUGUGAUCUCAGAGCCAGAGGAGACACCACCAUUGACAGACAGGAUGUUAUAAACAAAGAACAAAAAGAGUUUAUUGUUGAGUGAAAGAGAAAAGAGACACUUUAUUGCUCUUUAGCAAACAAACAAUAGCUGUUGACUGAGAUUUACACAUGCUGCUGCUGAGACAGUCUCAAAUUAUUCAUUCAGAAAAUUAUUUCCCCUUGGACAGAAUUUUUUGGACAGGAUUUAUAUGUUGGCUGCUACAGCAGAUGUGUAUCAAAUUUCAUGAAGUGGUUUAUUUUUAAACAAAUCACCUUCAUGGUCAAUUUAUAGUUCAUUAGUUUCGUGUUUAACAGGCUGUUUGAAGUGGAAUGAUUAUCAAAGGAAGCUUUGUUUUCUCAUCUUGAUUCUCAGAACAACUUCAGAGCUGGAUGCUUAAAAUCCAUUUGUCAUUGCUGACAGGAUGAAAAAAUUUUUCGAAAUUGAACUGACGGAUAACUAUAGGUGUAUUAUUCAUAACACUAGUGCUUUGCUAGAAUAAUGGUAGUAAAUCAAUAAUCAUUCGAGAAUUGCAUGUAUUACUUAUUGAUUAACAACAGUAUAGAGACUGCAAGUUCAAAAUGAAUGAAGGAUGUCUCAGGUCAAAGCAGAUCUGCUCCUAAUGUAAAGCAAAUGCUACUGAAACACUACUAAUCCACUCACUCACUCACUCACUCACUCACUCACUCACUCACUCACUCACUCACUCACUCACUCACUCACUCGGCUGUGCUUCUAGUUGUGUUCACCCACUUUUACUUUUUUAUGGCACUUUGAUGUUUGUGAUUUGAUAUUUGAAAUAUCUGAAAACCAAAAAGAAACAAAAAAACAAAAACAGUAUUGUGCAUUGAAGAUCAAACAUACGUGAACAUAUUCAUUAUUACAUGUAGAUAAAAAAAAAAGAAAAGAAAACAAACUCCACAGUUCAGUUUCUUUGUUAGACUAAACUGAGUUAUAAAAGUCAGGGGCAAUCCCUUGCUUUGGUUGUUCAGUGUUAAUAUGUGACAUGCACAUGGUACAUAGUACCUUUGUACUGGAAUCUGUUCAUAUAAGUAGAUGUUAAUGUUUGCUGCAGACCAUUUAUUUAGGGUCCAACAUUAUGCCUCCAGUUGAAAGCUGCGACACCACUGAUAAGACUGUAAGAGAGAAACCAAAUUAAAGCUGAUUUUUACGGUUCCACUGGACAUGUGACACGACCCGCCGUAUCAUCCGCUUCUGCCGCCCCCGUCACAGUAUUCUAAACCUUUCCGCCCCAUGAAUUAUGAAUAAUGGGCUUGUGCAAUAUUAUACUGUGUUAGUUUUGAUAACAAUGAAUAUUAAUUCAAGAUCCUUAAAAAUGCAUGAGGGGAUAGCGGUGCCACUGAGAGGUUGAUGAUGGACAUGGUGUCAAACACUGUACAAUAUUUAUUAUUGUUGCAGACGAUUCCAGAAACAGUCACCCUUGUUAUCCACGUCUGCAUGCAUUUAUAUUGACCGGAGUCGCUCAGUUAAAGUUGAACCAAUCUGAACUUAUUGGUGGCAUAGCUUCAUUUUUUUUCUAGAUGUUCAUCAACAUUCAAACUAUUCUAGCUCUCUUGUUUCCCGCUGUUCAGCUUUUAUAUGAUUGAUCAAAAUAAAUUGAUGACAUUGAUGUGUUUUUAUGGUAUUAUAUGAGUUUGUUUCUUGCUAUACUGACUGUUGACCUCAUAGAAUUUUGACUGGAUUUUGAGCUUUUUUUAUUCCAGUAUUGUGUUUCUAAGAGGAUUCCUUUAUGUUUGGCCUUUGUAUCUUUAAAUGAAGAAUAAAUAAAGACUUAAAACACGGAA